UGUGGCGGGCGGGCGGCCGGGGCGAUGAGGCGGCGGGGCGCGGUGCAGCGGAAGGUGCCGUGUCUGUUCGUGACCGAGGUGAAGGAGGAGCCGUCGGCCAAGCGGGAGCGCCAGCCCUUUAAAGUUUUGGCAACUGAAGCUAUAACCGGGAAGGCGUUAGAGGCAGAUAUAUACAAUGCAAUCCCUACUGAAAAGGUGGACGGAACCUGCUGUUACGUAACUACCUAUACAGGGCAACCCUAUCUAUGGGCCAGGAUGGAUCGAAAACCCAACAAGCAAGCUGAAAAAAGGUUUAAACGAUUCUUGUAUUCAUUGGAAGAUUGCAAAGAAUUUGUUUGGAAUGUUGAAGAGGAUUUCAAGCCUGUUCCAGAUACCUGGAUUCCAGCAAAGGACAUAGAGUUCUGUAAUGGCAAUCCUUUGCCCGAUGAGAAUGGACAUAUGCCAGGUUGGGUGCCUGUGGAGAAAAAUAGUAAGCAGUAUUGCUGGCACUCAUCUGUUGUAAAUUACGAGGCUGAAAUAGCGCUGCUAUUGAAACACCAUGCUGACCCAGGGCUUCUGGAAAUCAGUCCAGUGCCGUUAUCGGAAAUUUUAGAACAAACAUUGGAGCUUAUUGGGACUAAUAUUAAUGCAAAUCCAUAUGAAAGGAGAGAAAGGGCUAGCUCAAAAAACACUUACCAAAAAUACUCACCUCAGAAAGCCGAGCUGUCAUGA